ACUAAUUACUAAUUUCAUAUUAUACUAGUUAUGGUUAAAAGUUAAAAUUAUUUGUUCAAAAUCUUCCUUCCAAAAUCUCCCUCGCAAAAUCUGCCAAAAAGAAUGCCCUUCUUCUACCAUAUCCCUUUCUCAAAAUCAGAAGAUUUCCCCUUUUACAAUUUCUCCAUCUCGUCCAAAACCCAUCACUUCAUUUGAAUCUCAAAUAACUUUAGAAUUUAGAAAUAGCAAUAUAAAUGUAUCAUUUUCUUGCUUAACUCUCUUUUUUUCUUCUCUUCAUCUACUACGGAUUGAAAUACUAAUAUCGGUGUGCAGGUCAAUAACAACGGAUUCUUCAAAUUCUGAAGAUUGCACGGCCUAUGUGCCACACCAUUUGGAAGAAAAGCUAAACACAACUUGUUGUGUGUUAUCGCCUUUCGUACCUCUAUUAAACCCAACUUACGGACCAAGCGUGAUGAAUAUCGUUGAAUUGUGAUUUCCUUUUGUGAUCCUCAUUAACUGUGUAACAAUGCGGAAGCUAAGGCACACUUCAUCCUCAAAAAAAGGCGUGGAACCAAAAUUCUGGAAAAAUCAGAAGUUUGCAAUGAAACUGAAAAGGAAAGGAAAAAUUAUGCCUAAACUUCCUAGUUUGAUCUUGCGAAUCAGAAGGGCUAAUGCUGGCGAUUUACAUUCUGCUGAUCCACUAAGCCUUGUCAUGUACUGUUAUAUGAAAUUUUAUGGGAUACCAUUCCACACUGAAUACACUUCGGCAGUUCCAUACUUGGAAAUUUUGGGAAAGUACUAUCCAAUGGAUCAACAUUGUCCAAUUGAUCAACUGAAAGCUUUGACAUCCCACGAUAUUGACCACUUACCUCGCCAACACAAAAAGUUUGAAUCAUUUAAAAAAGAAAUGAUGCACCUCUUGGAGAAACUAGAACUCACAACGUUAUAUUAUCUGUAUAACAGUUGUCCAUCAUUUGAUUGGGCGAGUGUAAGAUUUGAAAAUCUAAAGGAGGGCCUUAGUUUAACUGAAAUUACAGUGGAAAAGAUUGAAGAAAUGAUGAGAGAAGCAUGUAAAACUCUAUCAGAAAAGCUUAAUGAUGGUGUUUAUUUGUUUCGGGACAUGGUUACAAAGGGGGAAUUAGAUGUCAAUGAAUCAAUCACCCUUCUGAUAGAAAAGAAAAAUGAAUAUGAGUGGUAUUUCAAUCUAGUGACAAGUGUAGAUGUCAUAUUUGCCAGCAUUUCAUUGGUAAUUGUGAAAGGACUUGUUGACGAGCCCAUUUACAAAGAAUUCGUGAAAUACACAAACCUUUUUGCAUAUGUGGAGCGCUUCAAUGUUAAGUAUGAGAAAACCAUUGAUGUUGUGGAUUUCACACUGCAGGGAGGUGGUUCAGUAAAACCCUUUGAUUACCUGGAUAAGCUAAUAAACAAGUCUAUUUGUAUCAGACCUGGUAACUUUGGUGAUGUUCACUGUUGUAAGUUCCUACGGAAGAAUCCACUAGGUUUGCUUGUUGGAACUUACGUGGUUAAAUCAUUCAAGCAGGGGUACCAAGAAUCAUACAAGGGAGAGGCACAUUAUCUGAAACAAUUAAGGUACAAGUUUAUCCCAAAAUUGAUUGGUGUUGGCUGAUGGAGGAUUUCCAAGAAGAUAUUCUUGUCAUCAAAGAUGUGAUCCUCUAAGAUGAGAAGAUAUUCUUCAUAUCAAGAUAUGAUCCUCUAAGAUCUUAGUAUAAUUGUGGUAAUCUAGAAUAUCAUAUCUCUGAUUCUUUCUCUUAAUGUAAAGAUUUAGGUGAUUCUAUUCCACAAUCUUUUAUGUAUAUAUAAAGCCAUGUACAUGACAUAGAAAAAUAUGAAUGAAAUUAUUCAAUAAUCUUAU